CAGGAAUCGUUCAAGAUUCGCCUGAUCACGACUGAAGAAGAAAUGCAAAGGUUUACAAUAAAACCAAUGGCGAAGGAAGGCUGGCGGCCGGGCUUAAAGGACGCCGAAUUGUUUCUCGCUUGUGAUCCCACGGCAGCUUUCGUUGGUGAACUGAACGGGAAACCCAUAGCCACUGUUAGAAUUUCAAAAUAUGGCGAUAGCUUUGCUUUCAUCGGAGCUUAUCUGGUGGACAAGGCAUAUAGAGGAAAGGGUUACGGUUUGAAGAUCUUCAAUGCCGCCGUGUCAAGUGUGAAGCCAACCAGCAACAUCGGAUUAUAUGCUUUGCUUCACCUCGAGAAAAUGUAUGAAAGAAGCGGAUUUCGAAGUCACUUUCAUGCGGCACGCUAUGACUUCCAUCUCCCGACAACCAUAGCCUGUUUCCCUGAAAUACUGGAGAAAAUUUCCGUAGAAGUCAAAUCUAUAGAGGACGUAGAACUAGAGAACAUAUUUCGGUACGAUACGCAUGUGUUUGGCUUCGAACGUAGCGCGUUCUUAUCGAGAUUACUUCGUGCAGAGGGUACCCUUGGAUAUGUGGCCGUCAACAAUGACGGUUUAACCGUGGGUUACAUCUCUGCCCGACCGACUUUUCUUCAAGAGGAAGGUUACUUAAUAGGACCUCUGUUUGCGGAUUCUAAAGCCAUCGCAGAGAGGCUACUGAAGGCAUUGUUCGAAAAGCUUUCUCAUGAAGAGAAAGCUGCCCCAUUGGUUUGCAUGGAUGCCUCAACAAAGCAAGGCAUGGAACUUGGAGAAGAACUUCAAGGAAAAAAGGUGUUUGAUUUGGUUUACAUGGUGACAAAGGGUCUCCCUAAUACCUGUUUGGAAAAGCAGUUUGGUGUCACUAUUGUUGACCUUGGAUGA